GAGUUUUACAUGAGGAGGAGCCCAGACAGCCCUCACACACUCCAUGGUGAACAUCUACUGACUCUCACACUCAUGAUCCAGAGGAACAACAGCUUCCAGCUCCACCCUGUCUGUCCCUCACCUGGAGAACCGAGGAACACUGAGGAGAACCGAGGAACUGAGAUGCAGUGACAGGCGGAUAGAGAGAUGUAUGGUGAGAUGAAGGUGGAGUAAAGAUACGGUGUACAGGAGAGUGAGACAGAGUGAGAGAGGGAGUGAGACAGGUGGAUCUGUCUCUCUCUCUCUCGACCUGACAUAUCGACACACUGGCCGGAACAGCCAUGGCCUUCACCUUCGCCGCCUUCUGCUACAUGCUCACCCUGGUCCUGUGUGCUGCACUUAUCUUCUUUGUCAUCUGGCAGAUCAUCGCGUUUGAUGAGCUGCGUACCGACUUUAAAAACCCCAUCGACCAGAGCAACCCGACCAGAGCGAGAGAGAGAAUCCUGAACAUAGAGAGAAUCUGUAAUUUACUGAGGAGGUUGGUGGUACCGGAGUAUUCUAUCCAUGGUUUGUUCUGUUUGAUGUUCCUGUGUGCUGGUGAGUGGGUCACACUCGGCCUCAACAUCCCCCUGCUCUUCUAUCACAUGUGGAGGUUUUUCCACCGGCCGGCCGAUGGUUCGGAGGUGAUGUACGACCCGGUCAGUGUGAUGAAUGCUGAUAUACUCAAUUACUGCCAGAAAGAGUCGUGGUGCAAACUGGGCUUCUACCUUCUCUCCUUCUUUUACUACCUGUACAGUAUGGUGUACGCUCUGGUCAGCUUCUAAUCGCUGAAGAACUGAGAAGAAAGAAUCAUAGCAAGAAAGAAGGAGAAAGCAGCGUGAUGUUCCACCCUCCUCGUCCUCGCUCAGCCAUUUCUACAGUUUCUGAUCCUCAGUAACCAUGGAAACGGCUGGAGAGACGUCCAUCAGUAAAGCGCUGCGACUCAAAACGAGAGUGAGGGGAUCAGGAGGAACGGGAGAGGAGCUCGAGCAGCACGGAUGUUCCAUAACAGAGUUUUAUUAGUUUAAGGGCUGAUGAAUAUUUCUGCUGCUCAGAGCCACACGGAGACACGUCCAUCAUCAUUCUAAUCUACAAGCCACCACUAUACCUUCA